GUUCGAAAAUAACCAAAUUUCUUAAAUUUCAUUUUCAUUACGCAACUGGUGGAACACACAUACAUCCCCCUUGGCAUCCACACCACUGUCCAUUUAGGUUUUCCCGCCGGUGGCGUGUGUACACACUGGCCAGCAGAUGGAGCGCCUCACGAAAUCAUUACGUUUACUUUCGUAUUCCGCGGGAAAGCUCCUUUCUCCUGCGCCAUGGAGUCCUCUGGGGGCCAAGGUCCUGUCGAGGAAGGAGUACUCCUCGGAAGCCCCAGAGCCCCUAGAGCUGAGCUUCGACUUGUACACCGGGGAGAAUCCGGAAACGAGGCCACCUUUGGUGACCUAUCAUGGGCUCUUCGGUUCCAAGCAGAAUUGGCGGGGAAUUAGCAGGGCUCUGGUGCGGAAAGUCCCCAGGAAGGUGUAUGCAAUUGAUAGCCGGAAUCAUGGCGAGAGUCCCCAUUCGGAUGUCCACACUUCCAGGGCGAUGAGCGAGGAUGUGCGUCUGUUUCUGGAACAGCACAGCCACCCGAAGGCCGCCUGCAUGGGUCACAGCAUGGGAGGCAGGUCUAUGAUGUACUUCGCCCGGAAAUAUCCCGAGUUGGUGGAGCGUUUAAUAGUGGUAGACAUAUCGCCCAUAAGCGUACCUCGUUCCACUGGAGAGAUGACGGCAAUCUUCGAUGCGAUGGUUUCUUUGGAUCUCUCACCGACUUUGCCCAUGUCCGAGGGCCGAAAAUUAGCAAGGAACACCCUUCUGCAAGCCACCGAAGACCAGACCGUGGACUUUAUCAUGCUGAAUCUGCGAAAAGAUCCCAAUUCCGGGGUAUUCUCUUGGGCCUGCAAUGCGCCGGUUCUUCGAAAUUUCCUCACCCGCUUCGAUAACUACCAGAACACUCUGGAAGAACUGCCCCCGUACACGGGACCCACCACUUUUAUCUGCGGAACGCGUUCACCCUAUAUGAGACGCGAACAGUGGCCGCAGAUUGUGGAGAUGUUCCCCAAUUCGGAGAUCCACUGGUUGGAAGCCGGACAUCUGGUGCAUUUCGAACAGCCGCAGCAGUUUAUAACAUUAGUCACCGAGUUCCUGAACAGAACUGAUUAGACCAAAUUUGAUUUGUUAGCCAAUUGUACAAAGGAGUCAUUCAUAGAUAGACUUUAGCUAAAUUAAA